GCCCCUUGGCACUAUCUCCUCUCCCACCCCGUCUUGGGCGGAGCCGGCGGGCGGGCAGGCGCUGGCCUGGCAAUGAUGGCGGACGAUGGGGACGGUCAGCUAAGGACUGAGGGGAGCGACGGCCUGGGGGCGGCGGGCGCGGAGGAAGAGACGGCAGCGGGGGAAGGGUGGGUGGCCGGCGGGGAGAUGCUGCUGAGCGUGGGGCUGCUGGCGCUGGCGCUGCUGGCGGCCUACGGGCUCUACGUGCGCUGGGGGCGGCGGAGCGGGCCGGGGGCCGCGGCGCAGCAGAACCAGGCCGCCGCCGUGCCCCGCAUGAAGCGCCGGGACUUCACGCUGGAGCAGCUGCGCGAGUUCGACGGCGCCCGCAAGCCGAACAUCCUGCUAGCCGUUAACGGCAAGGUCUUCGACGUCACCAACGGCAGCAAGUUCUACGGGCCCGAGGGUCCUUACGGAAUAUUUGCUGGCAGAGAUGCCUCCAGGGGACUAGCAACUUUCUGUCUAGAUAAGGAUGCACUCAGAGAUGAAUAUGACGACCUAUCGGACUUAAAUGCUGUACAGAUGGAAAGUGUUAGAGAAUGGGAAAUGCAAUUUAAAGAAAAAUAUGACUACGUAGGUAGACUCCUAAAGCCAGGGGAAGAACCAUCAGAAUAUACAGAUGAGGAAGAUACCAAGGAUCACACUAAACAGGAUUGAACUUUGUAAACAACCAAAGUCAGGGGCCUUCGGAACUGCAACCUCUAUUCCCCAUCACAGAAUAUCCUGCAUCUUUGGGUACAGUUCAUCUGCUGCGAAAAACAUUCAACAGGUUUUGUACAAGGAAAAUAACAUACACUCACAAUGAAGAUUUGAAUACUAGGCAUUAUUUGUGCUGCCAAACUCUUCUGUUGCAAUUGAUUUGUAAUGUCUAGUAAGGCUUCAUUAAUGAAGAGGGGCCAGAGAUUUAAAAGACAAAAAAGGCUGUUCUCUUUUUUUAUCAGUAAGUGGAAGCCUCAAAUAGUACCUAUUUACAAGGUCUUCAAAGGAGUGAGUCUUUAAGAGAAUGAAAAGCUUGAGUCCCGUUUCAUGUGUUUUCUCCUCUAGUAUUAGAGUAAAAUGUACAUAUGUACAUCGAUACCAGUAAUCUUGGCUACUGAAACCGGUGUUUAAAAUGUGAAUUUCCAAAUUUGUUUUGUAUGUGGGUGUGUUUAGCCCUGGCAUAAAAACUUCAGUUUUCUAAGAGAAGUCCAUGCCGAUUAGAAUGGGUACAAUUAGUACUCUUUUUCUAAAGGAUGUGGCAAAAUUACUUCCUCUGAGCAACUAUUAUCUGAAGCCUGCUGUUUACCCGUUCCCUUCCCCUCAAUGAAAAUCAAUAUUAAUUGUGCCUUAUUUCUCUUGCAUAGACUUGAAUUGUUUUAAGGGAACGCCCCAAAUACGUGGCUUAAUAGUCACUACAAGCAGCAUUGAGACUGAAGUUAGAAUGUUUUGUUGACUGGAAAACCUUGAUGUCAUUCUGUGUAUAGAAUGUAAAAGAAAUACUCAGUGUUACUGCCAUAUGUUAAUAUACAUAAACUUAAUAGCAUUGUGAUGGCCAAAUGCAUUCUCCCAUGCUUCUUUUUAAGUAAUUAAAAAAAAAAAAUCUUUCCUUUCCCCUAUGCCCCCAAGGAGUUGUUCAACUUUUGGGAGCCUAGCCUUCACACCCCUAGAAAUUGAAGGGGUUGGUGUGUGUGUGUGUGUGUGUUUCUGUGCGUGUCUGUCUGAAUGCAAGACUUGGGAGGGAUUGUUUCUGCAGAUAUUGUAAAUAUGAGUACCAUUUUAAUAAAGCAUGUACAAUACCAAAUGUGCUGUCAGACUUUGUAUAGAUGAUGUUGGCCAGUGCACUGGAAUAUGUUGAAAUACAGAAUAAGGAAAAAACCUUGAGUGAAAUGUUUUUGCACUGCUAUUAAAGCUGUACAUAGCUUUAUUGUUACCUUUUCUAGUAAUCCUUCUUAGUGGGGAAAUCCUCAGAAGAUAUCAUAUGUAUUCAGGUAAGGUUUGGUUUAAAUACAUAUAUGUAACAUCAAGAAUAUAAGCUAACUGUACACGUAGAAAUGCAGCACUAGGGAAUAGCGGUAUAACACACAAUAAAUGUGAUGUGCUCCACUCUUACCAGAAAUAUCUGAACUAUCAAUUUUUAAGAUUUUUUUUUCCUUGUUAUCCAUUAUUUUUCAACAUAUCAAGUAAAUAACUGUUUUGUCAGCCAGAGGCAAGCGGCACCAAAAAUAUAAUCAAAUUAAAGGCCUGACUUCUUCUUCAGAAGGCUGCUUUUUAAUCAUAGUAACGUUGUGACAAAGAGGAUGCCCUUCAGAAAAGAUGAGUUACAAAACAUGCAAUAAUAGCCUGCAAAAUGUCUGAAGUAAGGAAGUGUUGAUCUGUUUAGAUUUUAUAGCAUGCCCUCUCAAAAAGAACAACCCCAACCUUGUUAAGGGGAAAUGAGUGUGUGAAGAAUGUUGGUAUUUUUUUAUAUAUGUAAGUAAGUCAAAUUUCCCAUUUUUGUGAAUAUAUUUGUUCUUUAUAGAAAUUGGAAGUAUGAAUCACUUAGCCCUUCAUUUGCGAGUGGCAGUUGCAACUUCCAACUCCUGUCUGUUUGGGAGAAAUGAGCAAUUUGUUUUCUGAUUUUUUUUUUUAAUAAAGUGUUCUGUAGAUAAAUCCUUUGACUUCAAUUAAAUGUGCUGAACACCUUA